GCUAUUCUCGCAUAGUGCGGGCCACGGACUCAGCAGUGGUCAUCGGGGACUUGCAUGGACAGCUCUUCAACUUGAUCGCGUUCCUCCGUGUUAUCAAGGAACAGGUGACCGCGAAGGCGGACCACAAGGUGCUUCCCGAAUCCAAGCUCUUGAUCUGCGACCCGAAGUUUCAAUAUGUCUUCAUGGGGGACUACGUGGAUCGAGGUGAACGAAGUGUGGAGCUCGCCACGCUCCUCUUCUCCUACAAGGCUCUCUGCCCCGAUGGCAUAAUCCUGCUUCAAGGCAACCACGAGAGCCAGAGUGCGAAUUCCAGGUACGGUUUCGACAAGGAGGUUGUGCACAAGCUAAGAUCUGAGAGCUUAUACAAUGACUUCAACAAGGCCUUCGCGAAGCUACCCUUCGUGGCCGUUGCCAAAGAGCUCUUCAUGGCAACUCACGGGGGGCUCUCCCAAGCUUUCGUUAACCAGUGCUCCGGGGCACAAGCUGACUUCCAGCGGUGUUUGUCUUACGACAUUGGGUCGGGAAUGGUUUGGGCAGAUCCACACAGAGGAAAUGGAUGGAUUGUUUCCCCGAGGGGUGGGGACAUCAAGCAGCACGGGAAGGAUAUCACCAAACAGUUCCUGGAGGGUAACGGACAUGAGCAAGUGGACAAGGGGAUUGACACCCUGAAGAUUCAGGGCGGCUUCGUGGUGAACACCAUCUUCUCUUCAGCCGACUAUGUGGGGAUCUUUUGCAUCAACGAGAGAAGCAACCAACCUCUGCGACUUCCGAGGUGGGAUCCGUCGAUGUUCAGGGGGGGUGGGGACAAGAACAAAGGAGGAAUCAUGUUCGUCGACCUGAAGCAGCAGUCCUUCCAGCCCCACACUCUUACCGCAGAGACUGCUCGGCAGCUAGCAAGGGACUUCACCGGAGCAGGCUGUACCUUCUUCGGCAUCUCUCUGCUUCAGGAGGACGGCUAUGACCCUCAGACAGCCGAGCAAGUCGAGCUUCCCAUCCAUUGCCGCGGCGGUAAUCAUCUGAGCCCAGACGAGGCAGAUCACCACGAGAACUACGUUCGCUCGACCUUGGCCGCAUCCGAUGACAUGAGCUUCGAGGCUCGGAAGAUCAUCGAUCUGGCUGGGGAAGCAGUAGUUUGCGAGAAUGUGACCGACGCCACCAAGGACAACUGCAAGGCCAUGGCCAGGGAUAUGAUCACGCUGAAGGUGGGAGUUUCAGAAACUUCAAGGGGCCCCAAGACGGACCCUCCACUGCCAGAUUACAUGGCAGUAUGGCUUGUUUUGAGGAUCCCUACACAAGGUACCCCCCAAGUUUGUGCAACUUCCUGA